UUUUCGCCUCGCUCCGUCGCUCGCCUCGGGCCAAACCCUAAGCAGGGAGUUGUGUGAUCGGUUGCAGCCAUGAGUAAGUUGCAGUCUGAGGUUCUCAAGGAUGCCAUCUCCCAAAUCGUUGGGGAUGCCAAGGAGAAGAAUAGGAAGUUCACCGAGACUGUUGAACUUCAGAUUGGUCUGAAGAAUUAUGAUCCACAGAAGGACAAGCGUUUCAGUGGCUCUGUUAAGUUGCCCCACAUCCCUCGUCCAAAGAUGAAGGUGUGCAUGCUUGGUGAUGCCCAGCACGUUGAGGAGGCUGAGAAGAUGGGACUUGACUACAUGGAUGUUGAGUCCCUCAAGAAAAUGAACAAGAACAAGAAGCUUGUUAAGAAGCUUGCUAAGAAGUACCAUGCUUUCUUGGCAUCAGAGGCUAUCAUCAAGCAGAUUCCCCGUCUCCUUGGCCCUGGUCUCAACAAGGCAGGCAAGUUCCCUACGCUGGUAACUCACCAGGAAUCCCUGGAAUCCAAGGUGAACGAGACUAAGGCUACAGUCAAGUUUCAGCUGAAGAAGGUCCUUUGCAUGGGUGUCGCCGUCGGUAACUUGUCCAUGGAGGAGAAGCAGAUCCAGCAGAACAUCCAAAUGAGCGUCAACUUCCUUGUGUCCCUCCUGAAGAAGAAUUGGCAGAAUGUGAGAUGCCUGUACGUCAAGAGCACCAUGGGGAAACCAUACAGGGUGUUCUAAGUCUGCUCUUUGUGAAGUCGUCUGCUCUUUGUGAUAUUAGGCUUUUGAACCGAGGUUGUCUUGAACUGAACUCUUGUUAGAGUAUAUUUUGUUGGCUGGAUAUUGGAGUGGUACCACCAUAAGUAUCCGGGCAGGUGUCUUGCUCCCAAGUCUUUGUAUUCUCUCUAUAUAUACUAGAUGAUACCUCUCGGGGAUUUUGUCUCGUUAUAGCAUAUCUCUCAUUAUUCAUGCCACUGUAAUAUUCUGAAUUAAAAUUCUAAUUACACCAUUUACUCUUGA